CACAUCUCACGUGACGGUGAAUAAAAUGGCUGAUGUUCGCGAAGGACAUGCAGUUGGUGGUGACAUCGAAGAGCCUCUAGAUCUUGUGAGAUUAAGUUUAGAUGAAAGGCUGUAUGUAAAAAUGAGGAAUGAUAGAGAACUUACUGGACGGCUUCAUGGCUUUGAUCAACAUUUAAACAUGAUUAUGAGUGAAGUGGAAGAAACAGUAACAACACUUGAAUUAGAUGAAGAAACUUUUGAAGAAAUAUACAGAACCACUCAACGCACUAUUCCAAUGAUAUUUAUAAGGGGAGAUGGUGUCAUCUUAAUUUCACCUAGUCCUUUGAGGCAAGGACACAAAUAAAAAAUUGUAACUGAGUUUCAUGUAACAGAAAUAAUGACUGAUGUAUGAUAAUGUUUAGUAAAAUUUAGUCUCCAACAUCAGAA